AACUAACUUAAAUUAACAGGAUUUAACGGGUGGCCAAACGAAGAAGAUGACUUGUAAAAAAUGUGCAUGCAAAUUAUCUCCCAAUUUCCUCCAUCUUAAUAUCUUCUCUUUUGGGGUAAAUUUUCUCCAUCUUUAGAUAUUGUAGGUUCCAGCAGUUUAAUUAAAUAUUGAAAUCAUAGUUGAGUGUUGCAACAGAAGAUGAGAUGGUGACGCAUAUUAUUGAAAUUAUUUUUUCCCUUUCAUUUCAACAGUUCAAUUACUUAAAUUGAUUCUGAAACUGAGAUGGAUGAACAUUACACUUCAUGAAUGCUGGGAGAGUCUGCAAAACUUCUUCACAGGUUUUAAAGUUAUUUACAAUCAUCAUUUCUCAGCAAACAUUUCCUUGAGAGAGAGCAGAGAGUGAGAAAACAUACACUUCUGUUGGAGUUUGAUAUUCUGCAAUCUAUUGAACCACAACUCGGUCUGCCGGCGACGGCGACAGUAAAUAAUGUUCCGAUAUCCCGCCGGAGUAGUCCUACUACUCUUUGGACUUUCAGUCUUUGCCGUAUCUUCAGGAGCAUCUGACGGCUACCUUAAGUUACCGUCGGAAUUUUCCGAAUUUCUCCGUCCUAGUGAGGCGAGCGGCGGCGAUGACUCUGUCGGAACGAGAUGGGCUGUCCUGAUCGCCGGAUCGAAGGAUUAUUGGAAUUAUCGGCAUCAGGACAAUCUGUAAUGUCACAGGCGGAUGUGUGUCAUGCAUAUCAAAUACUGAAAAGAGGAGGUCUGAAAGAUGAAAACAUUGUGGUGUUCAUGUAUGAUGACAUUGCCUACAAUGAAGAGAACCCUAGGCCUGGAGUUAUCAUCAACAGCCCACACGGGAGCAAUGUUUAUGCAGGAGUCCCAAAGGAUUAUACAGGGAAUGAGGUUAAUGCUAAAAACUUUUUGGCUGCUAUUCUUGGCAACAAGUCAGCUAUUACAGGGGGCAGCGGCAAGGUGGUUGACAAUGGUCCAAAUGAUCACAUCUUCAUCUUCUACACAGAUCACGGUGGUCCUGGGGUGAUUGGGAUGCCAACGCGUCCUUACCUCUACGCGGAUGAGCUGAAUGAUGCUUUGAAGAUGAAGCAUGCUUCUGGGACAUAUAAGAGCUUGGUGUUUUACCUUGAAGCUUGUGAGGCAGGUAGCAUGUUUGAGGGACUACUUCCUGAAGGUCUCAAUAUCUAUACAACCACAGCCUCAAACGCAGAGGAAGGCAGUUGGUGUACCUAUUGUCCUGGGGGGUAUCCUAGCAUUUCCCCAGAGUAUGAGAUUUGCUUGGGUGACUUUUAUAGUGUUGCUUGGAUGGAAGACAGUGAGGUACACAAUUUGCACUCUGAAACUUUGGAGCAGCAAUACAACCAGGUUAAAAAGCGACUCUCAAUUGCCUCCCACGUCAUGCAAUAUGGUGAUUUGAAGCUGAGUGUGGAAGAUCUUUUCCUCUAUAUGGGUACUAACCCAGCGAAUGAUAAUUACACUUUUGUGGAUGACAAUGUUCUUCAUCCAUCUUCAAAAGCUGUUUACCAGCGUGAUGCUGAUUUAGUGCAUUUCUGGGACAAGCCCUGCAAUCUAUGUGUUUGUGUUUGCCCAUUGAAAAUUUACCUUAUGCUGCUUUCUCAAUACUUGUACUUCCGUAAAGCUCCUGAAGGUUCUGCGAGGAAAGAAGAAGCUCAGAAACAGGUCUUUGAAGCGAUGUCCCAUCGAAUGCACAUUGACAGCAGUAUGAAAUUAAUUGGAAACCUUCUAUUUGGUGUUGAGAAAGGCCCUGAAAUUCUUAAUGCUGUCAGGCCAGCUGGUCAGCCUCUUGCUGAUGAUUGGGCCUGCCUCAAAUCUUUGGUCAGAACAUUUGAGACGCAUUGUGACUCGUUGUCACGGUAUGGAAUGAAACAUACUCGGACCAUUGCUAAUAUCUGCAAUGCUGGAAUCACGAAGGAACAAAUGACGGAGGCAGCCUCGCAGGCCUGCACCAGUGUUCCUUCGAAUCCUUGGACCUCUCUCGAUGGAGCAUAUAGUGCAUAA